ACUCACCGGGAUAACUCCAAUUUGCUUUUAUCGGAUCAAGAUCGCUUUGUUGCCAUUGUACCUUGCAAAGUCACUUGUUUCUAAACAAAAAAGAAAGAGAGAAAGAGAGAGCGAGAGAGAGAGAGAGAGAGAAAGGGGCGCGCUGCACUCGGAGGAGAUUUUAAGAGAUUUAUUUUUCCUCUUCUGGGUCUCAUUCCUCCCGUUCCCCUUCCUUCGCUGCUCUCGCGCGGACGCAUUCAGCCACUCGAAGGGACGCCUAUAUUUCCCGGCACCUUGAAACAUAUAGGCAAAUGGAGCAAAACUAUGGAGAGGUGAACCAGUUAGGCGGCGUGUUCGUCAAUGGGCGACCCCUGCCCAACGCCAUACGCCUGAGAAUAGUGGAGCUGGCUCAGCUCGGGAUCAGACCGUGCGACAUCAGCCGGCAACUCCGAGUCUCGCACGGCUGCGUGAGCAAGAUCUUGGCGAGGUACAACGAGACGGGCUCCAUCUUACCCGGAGCCAUCGGUGGGAGCAAACCACGGGUCACGACGCCUAACGUGGUGAAAAACAUUAGGGAAUACAAACAAGGCGACCCCGGGAUCUUUGCCUGGGAGAUCCGGGACAGGCUUUUGGCAGAUGCAGUUUGUGACAAGUACAACGUCCCGUCGGUUAGCUCGAUCAGCAGGAUUUUACGCAACAAGAUUGGAAAUCUCUCCCAGCCCAACCAGUAUGAGAGCAGUAAGCAAGCCUCCGCCGGGCUCUCCUACAACCACAUAUACCCCUAUUCCUACCCCAACAUGUCGCCCACUGGCACUAAAAUGGGCAGCCCUGCUGGAGUACCGAUGACGGCUGGACAUAUGAGCAUAUCCAGGGCCUGGCCCUCUGCACACACCGUCAGCAACAUCCUCGGUAUACGAGCCUUUAUGGAUCCCGCAGCCAUUGCUGGGAUGGACGGAUACCCACCCAAAAUGGAAGAGUGGAGUAGCGUCAACAGGGCAGCGUUCCCCGUGGCGCACUCGGUCAACGGGAUCGACAAAUCAGCAAUUGACGCAGACAUAAAAUACGCGCAGCCCUCCUCGACGCUGUCCAGUUACGUCUCGGCGUGCGCGUACUCUCCCACCAACCAGUACGGGGUGUACAGUGGGGCAGCGGGUGGCUACGUGCCCCCGGGCCACCACCACUGGCAGCCGCAGAGCCCGGUCCUGUCCCACCCAGGCGGCGGGAUGACCAGCAUGCACGCGGGGGAGAUCCAUUCGCCGAUGACCUUCAAACACCAGGCACGAGAGGGAGACAGAAAACCAUCCAAUCCCAUGAGCAAGCAGCAGCAGCAGCAUCAUGAAGACUUGAACAGUGUGCAUGGACUCAGUCUCGCGACCUCCUCCUCAUAACCGGGACUUAUCCACAGUAAUUACCAGACACAAAUUAAGUGAACUCAUGUCGAUGACUCCAACAGUAAGUCUGAACAGUAAUGACUUGUUUAUGGGUGUUUGCAGCUCACAGUCAAACACGCAGGCCUACUUCAUGCAUCAUGAAUACAGCAUAGCUCUAUCGGCCUCAUGGCCACAUGAAUGUAUAGCUUACAUGGAUGUAUCGGUGUUGCCCCUGUCAUAUUUCUCUCAAUUGAAAUACUUCAUUUCUUGUCAAUCCUAAUUUUUAUAGAAUUUUUCUUAUUAUAAAAAUCCAAAGGGCUAAUCUGUAAUCCGCCAUAUUUUAUCUCAUGUUAAUGUGUGGCCAUGAUCUCGCGUCCACGCCAACUCAACCAUGUGAACAAAGAGAUCAAUUGUCUAAAUGUAAAAUAUUUGACAAAGCUUUAAUUAUAUAUUUUUUAUAAUUUCAUUGUAAAUAUUCAAACAAAUAAAGGCUUUCUUAAACGCCA